AUAAGCCCCUUUCCCUCAUACUUUAACUCACUUCUCACACACACCCCCACAACACACAUCAAACACUUGUGAGAAUCAGUCGACAUGGCCUCUGCCUGUGCUUCAUCAACCAUUGCUGCUGCUGCUGUUGCCUUCUCCUCUCCAAGCUCCCAGAAAAGUGGAUCAAUUGUUGGAGCAACUAAGGCUUCUUUCUUUGGAGGAAGAAAGUUGAGAGUAAGCAAGUUUGCGGCCCCGUCUGGCACAAGAUCGGUCACCGUCUGUGCUGCAGCCGAUCCCGACAGACCACUGUGGUUCCCCGGGAGCACCCCUCCCCCAUGGCUUGAUGGCAGCCUUCCAGGAGACUUCGGCUUUGAUCCUCUUGGCCUAGGAUCUGACCCGGAGAGCUUGAAAUGGAACCAGCAAGCGGAGCUUGUGCACUGCAGAUGGGCCAUGUUAGGUGCUGCGGGCAUUUUCAUCCCCGAGUUUCUCACCAAGAUUGGCAUUCUAAACACCCCUUCAUGGUACACUGCCGGUGAACUAGAGUACUUUACCGACACAACAACGCUCUUCAUCAUUGAGUUGAUUCUCAUUGGCUGGGCUGAGGGAAGAAGAUGGGCCGACAUCAUCAAGCCUGGAUGUGUGAAUACCGAUCCCAUCUUCCCCAACAACAAGCUCACCGGAACAGAUGUUGGAUACCCUGGUGGGCUAUGGUUCGACCCACUCGGAUGGGGCUCCGGAUCGCCAGAAAAGGUUAAGGAGUUGAGAACAAAGGAGAUCAAGAAUGGACGAUUGGCAAUGUUGGCGGUGAUGGGAGCAUGGUUCCAACACAUCUACACUGGAACAGGACCCAUUGACAACCUCUUUGCUCACCUUGCUGAUCCUGGUCAUGCCACCAUCUUCGCUGCUUUCAGCCCCAAGUGAGAGAAGCAACAGAGCUGCUUUUAACAGAACUGUUGGAGAAACACCUUUAGCCAUCAUUGUGGGGAAGAGGAAUAGAUUCUCAGUGUGUUUUUCCAAUUCUUGUUGUAUUUUCAGAUAUGUAUUGCUACAUCUUUAUAAGCUGUAGAAAAAGAGCUUAUGCAGUGUACAAAUACUUCCAAGAGAUCCUAACACCGUAAAUACACUUCCUUUCCAUCCUUGAA